CUCUCUAGAUUAAAUCACAAGUGCAUCUAUGAUCUCGCUCUAAAAUCCCCUAACCUUUCGCUGUUGUCUCUCUCUCUACUGGUCCAUCUUUGCGAAGAACAUGGCAAUUCCAGCCGCAGCUGUUAUCGUACCGCUCGGAGUUCUCUUUUUUCUCUCCGGUCUCGUCGUCAAUCUUGUGCAGGCAUUUUUCUAUGUUAUUAUUCGACCCUUUUCAAAGAAUACAUACAGAAGGAUCAACAGAGUGGUGGCAGAACUGUUGUGGUUGGAGCUUGUAUGGAUUGUAGAUUGGUGGGCAGGAGUUAAGAUUAAACUCUUCACAGAUUCAGAAACUUUUAAGAAAAUGGGGAAAGAGCAUGCACUUCUCAUGUCUAAUCACAGAAGUGAUAUAGAUUGGCUUGUUGGAUGGGUCUUGGCCCAGAGAUCAGGUUGCCUUGGGAGUGCACUAGCUGUCAUGAAGAAAUCAUCAAAACUUCUUCCAGUGAUAGGUUGGUCUAUGUGGUUUUCUGAAUAUCUGUUUCUCGAAAGAAGCUGGGCUAAAGAUGAAAGUACAUUAAAGAUAGGUCUUCGACGAUUGAGGGAUUACCCCCAGCCAUUUUGGUUGGCCCUUUUUGUGGAGGGUACUCGCUUCACAAAGGCGAAGCUUUUGGCUGCUCAAGAGUAUGCUGCUUCGACAGGAUUGCCCGUUCCAAGAAAUGUUUUGAUCCCUCGUACUAAGGGAUUUGUAUGUGCAGUAACUCACAUGCGCUCUUUUGUGCCUGCGGUAUAUGAAGUAACAGUGGCCAUACCUAAAACUUCUCCUCCACCUACAAUGUUAAAGCUCUUCAAAGGGCAACCUUCUGUGGUUCAUGUUCAUUUGAAGCGCCAUGCAAUGAAGGAUUUGCCUCAAACAGAAGAUGAAGUUGCACAAUGGUGUAGAGACAUAUUUGUUGCCAAGGAUAAAUUAUUGGAUAAACAUAACGAGGACGACACUUUCCCAGACCAACAACAGAAUAUCGGGCGACCACUAAAGUCUCUUGUGGUGGUUAUAUCAUGGGCAUGCCUACUCUUAUUUGGCGCGACUAAAUUCUUGCUUUGGUCAAAUCUACUUUCGUCAUGGAAAGGUAUCGCUAUAUCGGGAAUUGCAUUGGGAGGUGUUACGAUUCUCAUGCAGAUCAUGAUUCAAUUCUCUCAAUCUGAACGAUCAACCCCAGCCAAGGUUGCCCCAUCCAAACAGGGGCGAAAUGGUGGUGAGCCUUCUCGGACAAUGCAAAACGAUAACCGACACUAGACUUAUUGGAUUGUUUUAUAUUGGCUAAAAUUCAGUUUGUGAACAAAAAGUGGUAUAUACUUACGAGAGUUAUGAUUUGUCGCGUUCACUCCUUAUAUUUACGUAGAGAGUUGGGUUGGGACUUUAUUAGCGCGGUUGUUGUAUCAAAAGCACAGUUUUUAAAGUUUUUAUGUUUAUGCAUAUCCAAUUUAUUCAUU